AUGAAGAGUUCAGUCAACUGUGUGGCCAAGAAUAGGGCUUAUGCUGCAAUGAUCUUCACUCAAUUCGUGUAUGCAGGCAUGGCUGUGUUGUCCAAAGCUGCAAUUGCCAAGGGAAUGAACCCUUACGUGUUUGUUGUUUACCGGCAAGCUUUCGCCUCGUUUGCGCUGUCUCCAUUCGCAUUCUUCGACCGUAAACAAGGUGCUCUGUUGUCUUACAACUUGCUAAGCAAAAUCUUUCUUGUUUCCCUAGUUGGGUUAACAUUAAGUUCAAAUCUUUACUGUGUUGCAAUCAACUAUACGUCUGCAACAUUUGCUGCAGCAACCACAAACACCAUCCCUGCCAUUACUUUCAUCAUGGCUGUUACAAUCGGGGUGGAAAGCAUUUCCGUGAAGAAUAUGCAUGGGAUAGCCAAGAUUUUGGGCUCUAUUUUGAGCCUUUCAGGGGCAAUAACAUUUGCUUUGGUCAAAGGACCUUCAAUAGGUUUCAUGAAGUGGCAUCCAUCAAAUCAGCAGAAUAAUUCGAAUUCAAUAAUAACAGCAGUUCACUCUAAAGGAGAUCAAAUUAAAGGAGUUAUCAUGAUGCUCUCAGCAAACAGUGCUUGGUCUCUAUGGCUUAUUUUGCAGGGAUUUAUUGUAAAGGAAUACCCUGCAAAAUUUCGCCUCACUACACUACAAUGCUUCUUUAGCUGCAUACAGACAGUUGUUUUGGCUGUCGCAGUGGAAAGGAAUCCUUCAGCGUGGAAGCUUGGAUGGGACAUUCAUCUUCUUUCUGUGGCUUAUUGUGGUGUGAUUGUGACGGGAAUUACGUAUUGGCUCCAAGUGUGCACUGUAGAGGAGAAAGGUGCAGUGUUCACUGCAAUGUUCACUCCUCUUUCUCUGAUCGUCACUGCCAUCUUCUCUGCACUUUUCUGGAGAGAAGCACUUCACUGGGGAAGUGUGGGUGGAUCUAUUUUGGUGGUGAUUGGACUUUACGGCGUGCUGUGGGGAAAGAAAAGAGAAACAGAAAAAGGCCAAAACCAUGAAAACACACAAACACCAAAAGAUCAGGACACCACAUCGGAGUGCUCUUCGCAGACCUGA